AUGGGUGAAGACAAAGAAAGAGAACGAGACAGGGGAGAAAGAGGAGAACGUGACAAAGAACGUGAUAAGGAACGUGGUGAAAGACGGCGGCGUUCACGAUCUAGAGACCGUGAACGACAUCGCAGACAUCGAUCAAGGAGUCGCGAAGGACGUAAACGUAGCAGAUCUAAGUCGCCUAAAAAUAAGUCUAGACGCAGAAAGCCAUCUCUCUACUGGGAUGUUCCACCACCAGGUUUUGAACAUAUUGCACCUCUUCAAUAUAAAGCCAUGCAAGCUGCUGGACAAAUUCCUGCGAAUACAAUGCCAGAUACUCCUCAAACAGCGGUCCCUGUCGUUGGAUCUACAAUUACACGCCAAGCAAGAAGACUGUAUGUUGGAAACAUACCAUUUGGUGUAACUGAGGAUGAAAUGAUGGAGUUCUUUAAUCAGCAAAUGCAUUUGUCUGGAUUAGCACAAGCUGCUGGCAAUCCGGUGCUUGCAUGUCAAAUUAAUUUAGAUAAAAAUUUUGCAUUUUUAGAGUUUAGGUCUAUUGAUGAAACCACUCAAGCAAUGGCUUUUGAUGGUAUUAAUUUCAAAGGUCAGAGCUUAAAAAUAAGACGACCACAUGAUUAUCAGCCAACACCUGGAAUGACCGAGAGUAAUCCAGUGACAAACUAUAAUUCUGGAAUGACAUUAGACAUGAUGAAAUAUGAUUCCAGUUCAUUUGGUCUUGGAACAGUUCCAGAUUCACCACACAAAAUAUUUAUCGGAGGAUUACCAGCAUACCUUAAUGAUGAACAGGUGAAAGAACUACUUACAUCCUUUGGUCAGUUAAAAGCAUUCAAUUUGGUCAAGGACGCUGCCACUGGUUUAAGUAAAGGAUAUGCGUUCUGCGAGUAUGCUGAUGUAGUGAUGACUGAUCAGGCCAUUGCUGGUUUGAAUGGUAUGCAAUUAGGAGAAAAGAAAUUAAUUGUACAGAGGGCGAGUAUUGGGGCCAAGAAUCCUGGGCUUGGUCAAGUACCUGUCACGAUUCAAGUCCCUGGACUUACAGUUGUUGGAACUGCAGGACCUCCCACUGAGGUUUUAUGUUUACUGAAUAUGGUAACUCCUGAUGAACUAAAAGAUGAAGAAGAAUAUGAAGAUAUUCUGGAAGAUAUUCGUGAAGAGUGUAAUAAAUAUGGCGUGGUUCGGUCACUAGAAAUUCCACGACCUAUUGAAGGAAUUGAUGUGCCUGGUUGCGGAAAAGUGUUUAUAGAGUUCAAUGCUAUUGUUGACUGUCAAAAAGCACAACAAGCUUUGGCAGGCCGAAAGUUCAACAACAGAGUUGUGGUUACUUCUUUCAUGGAACCAGAUAAAUAUCAUAGACGAGAAUUUUAA